AUGGACAAUUUCUUCGCUGCCAUAUCAUUAUUCCGUCGACGGAAAUAUGAUGAGUGCAUCGAGGUGUGCAACGGGCUGUUGCUGCAGCAGACGCAGCAGCAGCAGCAGCCGGCCCAACAUAAUGCCCUUCAUCAAGGUCCUUGGGAGCUGAAAAUGAGAUCUAUGACCCAGCGAGUGUACAUCGACGAUAUCGAGGCAGACGAUGAUGUUGCAGAGGAUAUUUUGGACACGCAGACGAUCGCGACCGCACCCCGACCGGGCACCUCGAUCCGGACCGCCAAACCGUUGACCAGUGCCGCUGGCAACACCACAGCCAACCGUCCACGCACCGGAACCGGCCGGCCAAUUACGGGCAUUUCACGUCCCGGAACGCUGUCACUGCAGCGCCCCGGAUCGACACUUGGCAACCGGACAGCACCACGGACGGCUUCACGAACUGCCGGUGGUUCGGCACGCCAGAUGCGUCUCGGAUCGGCCUCCAUGUUUGCGGCCGGUGAUCCGACCGGACCGCUGUUCCACAUUUCGCGCCUUCAUCCGGACAAGUACGCCGAUCGGGAUGCGCUGUCGAAGCCACUGUUCCAGUACCUUUACUACCACGAAGGUGACAUCCGGAAGGCGAUGGCAUUGUGUGAUGCGGUCCUUAAUCGACGGAGGCUAAGAUCUGGCCUCGGUUCGGAUGGGGAUCAGUUGGGGCGCGCUGGAUCAGCACCCGAUUCUGGAAGCGAUUGGUGGUGGAACACUCAAAAGGCACGUUGCUUGAUCGCGAUCGGUAGCCCCCGGGAAGCGGAACCGUAUCUUCGGAAGGCGCUACAGGAUCUACUGCAUCCCGAUGUUGUCUUAUUGCUUGCCCGGAUCUACGUCAAGAUUGAUCAACCGAUGGCAGCGCUCGAAGUGUGUCGGACCUCACUCGAGAAGCUACCGAACGAGAUCGCCUUGCUGACGCAACAGGCCCGUAUCCUGGAGCUCGUGGGUAAUCUGACGACCUCGGUGCGCCGCUAUCGACAGAUUGCGGUGCUUGAUCCGAUGAAUACGGAGGCGCUGGCGUGCAUUGCUGUGAGUUACUUUUACGCCAAUCAACCGGAGACGGCUCUACUGUAUUACCGGCGUAUCCUGGCGUUGGGAGCGCACAGUGCUGAGCUGUACUGUAACAUUGGUCUGUGCUGUCUGUACGGUGGUCAGCUCGAUCUGGUGUUUCCGUGUUUUCAGCGCGCACUUCGGAUGGCCACCGGAAACGAGCUGCGAGCGGACAUUUGGUACAAUCUGAGCUUCGUAGCGUUGACCACCGGUGACAUUCACCUGGCACGGCGCUGCCUACGGCUCUGUAUCGCCGCCAACGGAUCGCACGGGUCAGCCCUCAACAAUAUGGCCGUCCUGGUGGCACGCCAGAAGCAGUACCACAAGGCCAAGUCGUACCUCGUGGCAGCACGUACCGCACUGCCGGCAAGCGACGAGAUUGGCCAUAACCUCAAAUUUAUCGAAAAUUUCCAAUAA